AUGACGCCGGGAUUGACUGAGCCUAGUCUGGUGACUGAUGCUGGGCCUCUGCCUGAGAAGACUGUCUCCGUCACAACAGCCACGGAAAUCCCCUCGCCGACUGAAACGAAUCUCGACCUUGCCCCUCCCCUUCUUCCCGUCGAGCAGAUCUGCCCCAAAGGAUGGGUUCGCUGUAUCUAUCACUUUGAGCUCCCCGACAACUACGAUGCCGACCACCUAACACACAUCCUGAAGACUGCCUACAAGGCCAUGAAGGAUCGUGUCCCUAUCGCCGGCUGUGAGGUUGUGCCUCUCGAGGACUCAAAGCAAGCAGGUCUCCUCAAGCUCCGCCAUUACGGUGACGAGAUUGAGGACUUCCUUGCUAAGGACCUCCGUGGCGAUGAGACCUUUCCUACCUUCGCCGAGCUCAAAGACCGCGGGUUCCCUUCUUCGGCGCUCCUCCCCGAGAAGGUCUGCCGUCGUGGAAUGGGUGGUGAAUGGCCUCAGGCUGGCGACAGGCUGAACGUCACAUGGAUGCAAGCCAACUUCAUCAGGGGAGGUCUCCUUCUCAACAUGCUCUUCCUACAUGCCUACGCAGACGGCACAACAGCCUACAAGUUCACCGAGCUCCUCGCCGAGGAGGUCCGACGCCUGCAAGGUAUCCCAAUUACCCUCCCGGCCGAGGUCCCCGUAGAGGACAGAGUCAAGGUGAUGAAGUCCACCGGCGCCCAGCCCGGCCGCCCGGAAGACCAUGCAGAAUACAUCGAGCUUCCUUUCACUCCCCCUGGUGUGCCACCCAAGCUCGCCUCAGACAUCCACCAUGGCCACGUCUGGUACUUCUCUCCCUCUGCCCUGGCUGCCCUCAAGGCCGACGCAUCCCCAGCCAACUCCCAGCUCUUCAAGGGUAGAGAAGGCAUUCCAGAGUACAUCACCACCAAUGACGCUCUGUCGGCGCUCAUCUGGCGCGCGACAAUGUCAGCCCAGCACAGCACCAAGAUCCGCCCUGUCUCCGAAGACCCGGCCCCUUCGCCCUCGGUGAUGGGCAUCGCUCUCGAUGCGCGCCGGAGAGCGGGCGUGCCAGUGCACAAGCACACCAUCGGCAACAUCCUUGGCUUCGCACCUGCCGUUCUCGAUCUUCGUGAGGUUGUAUCCCCGGAAAGCGAAGCAACGCUCGCGGACCUGGCCAUCUGCGUCCGACGUGCUGUAGCCAAGACCGAGGAUGUCUACCUUGACAGCCUCAAUGCACUGGUUGAGAGGCUUCAGGAUGUGACUAGGCUUGCGCCGACCAUGUUCCUUGACAUGCCUGGUAACCAUAUGCUGCAGUCAUCAUGGCGCGAGUUCCCUUUCUACGAUAUCGAAUGGGGCUCUGCGUUCGGUGAGAAGAUCCUGGCUGUCCGCCCGCCAUCUGUAGGUGUAACGCACACGAUGCAGAUUGUGCUGCCGGACCCGAAGAAGGGCGGCAUUGAGGUUUUUGUAGGUGUCGAGCAUGAGGCAAUGGAGAGGCUUUUGAAUGAUCCUGUUUGGAGGAAAUAUGCCCAGGCUCCCGAGGGCCUGUAA